UUCCUUUGUGGUUGUGUUGUGCGUCCUGUCUGGUGGAGGGAGGGGACCGUGCGGACGGCUGGGAGGACAAGCGGAGUGAGAAGAAAGCGUAGGGGGGCAGAAAUAAGAAAGAGGGAAAAGGCUCGGGUUUCCAUCUUUCCUCGGGAUAUACAUUAGGUUGAAUUUGAUUGAUAACUGCAUCGAGAGAAAUGUCGACCAGUCGUCAGUUCAGUGAAAGCCGGGCCAUCCCGACCAGGACGGUGCUGAUCAACGACACAACGCAGCUACCUCACGAUUACUGUACCACACCUGGAGGCACUUUAUUCUCAACUACUCCCGGAGGCACCCGCAUUAUCUACGACCGCAAGUUCCUGCUGGACCGGCGCAACUCCCCCAUCGCCCAGACUCCCCCCGCCCACCUGCCCGUCAUCCCCGGGGUGACCAGCCAAAACAUCAUCAUGGAGAACAGGAAGAACGAAGCCAACAAAAUGAAUAACCACGAUGGCAAGCACGGUGGGGGUGAGGACGCACAGUUCGAGAUGGACAUCUAGUGCAGAAGACGGACGACGGAGGUGUCUGAUUGGCCCGGUACCUGAGUGACAGCGGCUUGGCUUAUAGAAUUCAGUAGCUCCUGCAGGCUCCUCCUCCUCUCGCUCUGUCUGUAGCAGCUGGGUUUAUAGGUAACCAUCCAAUUAAAGGGACAUGCUCAAGUAGGCCCACCACAGUGCUGAAAACCUCUGACUAAAACCUGGCCAUAACAUCUCAUUUGAUUUCCUCUGUCAGUUACUGUAUCCCCCCCAAUGACAAAUUUUGCCUAAUUGCAACAGAAUCAUUUGGGAAAAUUAUGGCAGUUGAAAGUAAAAAUUGUUAGUAAUUGGGAUUGAAGCAAGAGUUAAAGAGAUUAUUAGAGUAUUUCUGAUUGUCAGGUAGUGCUUAUUGUAAAAUCUUGGCCCGGGAGCUGAACUGCUGUUGAACAAAACUGAUAUCCCCUCCUUGCAAGCCCAAGGAGUUUGUGAUUUGGAAGCUAGUUCAUUCUUCAUUUUGUCGGUUGUGACUGAAACCUGUCGCUUGUUUGGCUGUUUUUGAAUCUCAGUGUUGUGUUUAGCACACAUGCUUUUUUACUUGAAUUGUCUAGUUCGCUUGUCCAAGUUUAAGCUUUCUGGUAGCACAGAUAAUCCGAUUGACUUUUGCGGUUUAAGAAUAAGAUUAACCAUGAAACUCUUGGGAAAUUUGUUUUUUUCUGCUUAUAGACCACAAGGUGUUAGGCAGUGUUAAUGGGGGUAAACCCUGUUUCAUGAACCUACUUUUAUUUUGGCAAUGGAACAAGGAAUGCCAUUGUAAUUCCAAGCCUAUGAGUUCUCAGUCACAAACUAGAUGCAGUGUUUUGUUUGUUUUUGAAAAGUAAAAGAUCACACUUACUUUAGUGCACUUUGUUGUUCUGUUGGCCUGUUGUCUUGGUGGCAUUACUGGUGGCAGUUUGCUAUGGAGAGACCCAAGCAUCAGUAAUGGUUUCGAAGCACGACAUGGGAAUAGCCAGCUGCAAAAAGAAAAUGCAUCUGUGUAUGAGGAAAAAGCCCAAACUAAAGUUUAGAGUUAUGGACCAAUGUCACUGUUCAUUACAGAUUAAACAUUUUAUGUCCAGUGAAUAAUUCUGACAUUUAGGAAAGUGUAAUUUACGGACAUAUUACAUGGACUAAUACUGAAAUAUUUUCCCUUAAAUAUUUUAAAUAUGAAUAAUUACCAUUUUCCCCACUCCAAUAUUUGCCAGUUAAAGAGGUUUUACAUGUUGUUGAGAGAUGCAUGACAACACCUCACGCAGGGAGAACUGAUCACUAUGAUGUGUCAUUUGUAUUUUGAAGAACAUGGUUUGGCGCUAAAGAAUGUGAUGAACUGUUUGACUUGACUUGCAAAUGAAAGAAAUAAGCCUAAGACCUGGUCUGAAAAUGCACUUCCAGGGACACGUAGAGCAACUAACGGUUUUGGGAACCAUUAUUAUUGUUGAUUUACACGCUGAGUCGCUGCUGCUUUUCCACAAUUUUUAAAAAAUUAAUUAGUGGGUAGGGAAGCACUGAAACGUCAGGUUGCUCAUUCAUAUUGGGAUUUGACUUGUUUUAGAAGAAUACGACAUACGACAACAAAUAAUGUCAAUGUCGACCAAUAUUCAUUUAAAAUAAGGCCAUUACAAAUUGAAAAAAGAAAACAAUUGGCUUAAUAUCCAGCCUGAUUACCAGUUAUUUUUGUUUAAAAGAAAAAUUAUUGAAAACUUGAAUUUUUUUUCCAUAUCUCUUUCUAUGCAUUUUAUUGUUUUUGUAUUUUGACUUUCAGCAUUUAUUUUCUCAAGCAUUGAGACCAAAAGACAUUAACAAAAAGAACAUUUAAAAAUUCAUGAAAAUACUGGCAGCAUGUAUGAGCAGAAAAUUUGUGAAACUCUGAACACUUGCAUGAAAGCUUGUGUCUUAUAUUUGGCACCCAAGAUCCCACUAUGUAAAAAUGUGUCUCUGACAUAUGUUGUCAAUUUUCAUAUUUUGAAUAUAUAAUUUAAUCAUAAUCUACUUUAUUUCAUGGACAAAAACCUAAAUAAGUUUUAUUUGCAUUUAUGUACCAAAGUUGUAAGUGAAAAGAAAUUACCCCACAUUUUAACAAUUUAAGAAGUACUUCUGUUUAAAUGCUUUUCUCGAUAAAUGCAUAAGAAAAAUCAACAUAAUCAUUUAAUGUAAGUCUUCCAAUCAUGAGCCAGUUUGAGCUUGUAAUGUAUGAGUUCAGAGCUUUUUAUUGAGUAACCUUGUCUCCAGAGAUGUAUGGCCUUCAUCAGAGACAAUAACAUGCUCUAAGAAAACUUCCCCAAAUAACUUAGUUACACUUUUGAUUUGAUUAAUGACUAAUCUUCUUUUUGAAAAAUACUUGGGUCCUAACCUUCUGCUCUUUUUCCUUUGAGGUAAAUAAGUCCUACUUAUAGCAUUGAUAGUGGCUAGCCACAAUGGUCACAUGGGUACAAGUAACAGUUGAAGAUUAAAACGCAUUUUUACAAAACCACCAUACUUCUGCAGAGAAGUUGUGGCAAUAGUUCUGAACAACUUUUUUUUUUUUUUUUACUUCAUGCUUCUGCGUACCCAGUAAUCUGUUGUGCUAAAAGUAGACAAUGUGAAAAAAACACUGAAGACCUUUAAAGUUCUCCUGGCUGUGAGUAGCAUGUACAGAUGGCAUCUUCAUAAAAAUGUGUCUUACUCUUGAGGUAGUGCUGUGCUUCCCCCCCCCCCCCCCUUCAUUAGUGACAGUUAGAAACACGUUAACGUACAAUUUAGGGGCACAUUCAACCAUAUUUAGGAGCAAUAUUGAAGCAUGUACUGGAACGACGACUGCGCAUUCUAGAUCUGGAACAUUAAAAACACAUUUUUUGGCAAGGAUACCCCCUCAGAUAGAGUCUAGAGCGUUUAAGUACAGAUGCCCUACAUCAGGGGAGUCCAGUCUUACCUGAAAUGAGCCAGUGUGGGCGCAGGUUUUUGCUUUAACCCAGCACUAACACCCCCGAUUCUACUCAUCAAGGUCUUUAUUGAAGACCACGAUUAGUUGAAUCAGGUGUCUUGGUGUUGGGCUAAAAGAAAAACCUGCACCCACACCGGCCCUUUUGGGAUAAGACUGGACGCCCCUGUUGUACAUGCUACCGAACAUGAGCGUCAGAGAAAGAUGGAAAAGAAAGGGUCUCAGAGCUUUUCCCCCUGAAAUGCCCCCAUGUGAAAGCUUCAUUAGGCCUUACUUUAGUUCACCCUCUUCACAAGCCGGUCAGUGCCCAUGCCUUCUUCUCAACGGCCACAACUGGCACACAUGCAGUUUCUCACCACCGUUAACCACAAUAGCAAGUCCUUCAUCUUCUUCAGUUGUUUUUUCUUUUGUUGGGUCUGAGAUUGACCUUGGACCUUAGAGUGUUAAUCAUAAGAGUGAAUUGUUAUAUUGGAAAAAAAAUUCAUUGUAAUUAUUUUCUGCUACUGAAACCAGUUCUCAGUUUGAAAAUGUAUGGUUGUAAUCAUUGUUAGUACUUGGGUGCAACUGCUCAUUUGAUUGGUAACUGCUAUUAUAAAGGUUGUCUGCCACAGUUACCCACUUCUUUUUUUUUCCCUGUUAUCACUUGAGGUUAACAAGCACCUUAUUGAUAAAGCUACAGUAUGUAUUUGAUGCCGAAAUUUCCUCUUUGACAUAUUAUCCCUUUCAAAUGGAAUCGUUUUAGGAUUUUUAUAUUUUCCUAAGCACACUUCCACUGUUGCUAUGGAAACCUGCCAGCCUGUUUGGCCAGACCUUUUCUUCACGCUGGGUUAAUGAAAUUAUUGGAAACAUAACUCCCAUCUGAUUUAAUUUUUAAUUUUUAUUUUGUUCUGAUAAAAAGCCUUGUAACUGAACGGUGUAUGCCAAGAGAAUGCCGAUGCCAGCGCACACUGUUACAACAAGAUCAGUGAAAUUCCUUAAUAAAAAAAAAAGGAUGUUACAACUA